AUGUACGAAUGGAAAGUCGUGAUCUUUGGGCCUCCAAAGACGCUCUACGAAGGUGGAUAUUUCAAGGCAGAAAUGACUUUCCCCAAAGACUAUCCUUACAGCCCACCAACGUUUCGUUUUCGAACGGAAAUGUGGCAUCCAAACAUAUACGAGAAUGGCGACGUCUGUAUCUCAAUUUUACACCCUCCAGUCGACGAUCCUCAAUCCGGCGAGCUCCCUUCCGAGCGAUGGAACCCAACGCAAAAUGUCCGAACAGUUCUACUGUCCGUGAUAUCUUUACUGAAUGAGCCAAAUACUUAUAGUCCAGCUAAUGUUGACGCUUCUGUGAUGUAUCGAAAAUGGAAAGAAUCCGGGGGCGCAGAGGACGAGUACAAGACUAUCAUCGUUGCGCAGGUCAAGAAGUCACAAGAAGAUGCCAAAAGAGAUGGCGUAAAAAUUCCAACGACACUAGAUGAGUACUGCAUAAAAUGGGCGCCAGAGAAAGAGACCGUCGAAGAAAUCGAAUCCGAAAACUUUUGGUAUGACGAUGAUGAUGAUGAUGACGACAUGGAUAGUGAAGACUACGAGGACGAUUGA